GCUGGACGCGGGUAGGUUUUAGAACGCCAAGGUACAAAACCCUUACCCUGGAGUAUGAUCGAGUAAAUUUUGGAACACAGCCCUAGGGUGCCUAGCAGGGAUCCAGCAGUGGGAUCCAGGAUCCAGGGGCACUAUUUUACGGAUUUUACCUCCUUGGUCGUUUACGAGUUGUGAUAGCGGUUGACAUUAGCGAGUUUGGACGCCGGUGACGCUGUGACGCGUUCUCAUGGUGUCAUGGUCGUCAUGGUCGUCUUGUUUCCGUACUGAGCGUGUGCAGUGCCAAAGUGCUUGAAACUUCGUAUCUCCGCGUGAUUCCCACGACCCGAGGGAGUUUGCAGAGGUUGCCAUGGUCGCAGCGCAGCGGGUGGACAUCGACAGCAUGGUGCGCAAACGCAGGUGAAGUCGCUUUAGCGUUGCUCGUCGCUUCUCGGCGGAAUCAUGGUUGUGGCGGAGCAAGGCAACUGGGUGGCCGAUGUCGUGAUCGUCGUCGAAGGCACCGCAAACCUGAGCCCUUACGUUGACAGCCUGAAGAGCCACUACAUCGUACCAACGCUAGAGUACUUCAACGGUGGUCCGAUUGACGACAGAGACUGCGGCUAUGAUACAAACAGCACGACUUAUGCCUUGGUGGUGUUCAUGGCGGCGGACUGCGCCACUGAGCCGGCUGCCACCUGCAAUGCUCCCACAACGAACGUGGCCAAGCUGCUUUCCUGGUUUGACCGUGUUUCCUUCGUCGGCGGUGGCGGAGAGUCAUGCAGCCACAUCGCGGAAGGACUCGGGACUGCACUUCAGGUCUUCGACGAUUUCCAGGCACUUCGUGAACCAAGUGUGGUGGUACAGAAGCACUGCGUGCUGGUGUGCAACUCCCCUCCCUACCGCCUGCCGUCGCUGGAGAGCCCCGUGUAUGCCGGCCACACCGUGGAUCAGCUGGCUGGCAUCAUGGCGGAGCGGCAGGUCAACUUCAGCAUUCUCUCGCCAAGAAAGAUCCCGGCCCUGUACAAGCUCUACGAAAAGGCUGGAGGAGACUUGCAGCUGGCUCUGGCCAAGAACUACGCCAAAGACCGGAGACACAUGGUCCUGCUCAGGGGCUACCAGUUGCAAGAGCGCCCGGUGAGUCCUCAGGCCGUCGUGUCAGAGGUCAAGGUCGAGCCGAGCCCGCCUCCCGCGGCCCCGCCACUCAACCCUCGUAGUCCGGCCACCACGGCCGUGGCACAGAAGCGCCCCGCCGGUGGCUCUCCCCCCAACCCCCGAGAGGCCAAGGUGUUCAAGCAGCCCACUUCCCAGGCGUCCCCCAUGAGCACCAUGGGGGGCUCGCCCCAGCAGCCUCCAGGGCCCCUGGCCUUCCAGAACCAGGGGUCUCGACCUGGGGUGCCAACUCCGCCCACAUCUCACUUGGCAGCCAUCAAUCAGCCGAAUCCACCCAACGUGACUCUGCGAUCCAUUCCGGACUCCAUGAACAGAGCAACUCAGAACCGAUCUCCAGUCACAAUUGGUGGCGCAGGGGUGCGCAUGCCCUGGAGCGGGGGCCCGCCCCCCUCCGUGUCCACGCCCCCGACCAGCAUGCCCCUGCUGGCGAGCCAGCUGUCCAACGCCCCCAUGGCCAGCGGGGCCCCCAUGCGUCCCGCCCUGCCCACCACCGUCACCUACGUUUCCGGCUCACAGAUGCAGACAGGCUUCCGAGGUGGCCCCAUGCGCAUGGCGGGGCCUCCCGGUGGGGGAGGGGGCGUGCCCCCGGGGGGUGUGGCGCCCCCCCCUAGCACCCUGGCGGCCCAGCUGAACCAGAUGCCACCCUCGUUCCCGCCCGGCCAGGGGGGCCUGGGGCCCAAGCCCAUGCAGCCCCAGGGAGGGCCGCAGCAGCCGGGGGGCCCGCCGCCCCCGCAGCAGCAGCCCCAGCCCGCACCCGGGCCCCCGCAGGGCAUGGGCGGCCCGAUGAAGGAGCGCCGCACGGUCUGGCAGGGCCAGGUGGAGUACCAGGACAAGAUGCCGGGUAACCCCCGCAAUGUGUACACCCUCCAGUGCACCGUCUCCACCAGCGUCACCAACGGCGAGCCCGAAGUGUGCGCGGACAAGUGGCCCCCAAAGCUCACGCUGCAGCUGAUGCCCAAGACGAUGCUGAUGAACGUGGUGCUGGCCGUGAAGAACGCCGCGCGCUGCGUGGUGCUGGCGUUUGGGGGCGGCCCAGAGGGGGGCCCCGCCGCGGCGGAGGGCCUGCACAAGCUGUCGCGCUUCAUGAGCUCGGCUUGGCUCGGCCUGGUGCACUUUGCCAGCCCCCCGGCCGACAUCAAGCUCAUGCUGGUCGUGUACAUGCCCGACAAGAACUUCUACAUGGGCAUGAUCGCAAACGACCAGGAGACGCUGUACGGCGCCGUCAAGCAGGUGGUCGACACGCACCGCAAGCAGCAGCAGACCAAGUCCAAGAUGUUGCAGACCAUGUCCGGCGGGACCAUGGCCCAAGCCGGGGGCAUGAACAUGCCGGUGCCCGUCCCAAACCCCGCCAUGGCCGUCAAUCAGGCGGCGGCUGGACAGCAGUACUCUGCUGCCAUGUGGCCGGGCAGCAAUAUUUUGGCCAAAACGCUGAUGCCUCCGGAUCAACAAGCACAGCAGCAAGCACAGCAGCAGGCCCAGCAGCAGGCCCAGCAACAGGCCCAGCAGCAGGCUCAGCAGCAGGCCCAGCAGCAGGCACAGCAGAAUCAGCAGCAGGCUCAGCAACAAGCCCAACAGCAGCAGCAGCAGCAGCAACAGCAGCAACAACAACAACAACAGCAACAGCAGCAACAACAACAACAGCAACAACAGCAGCAACAACAACAGCAGCAACAGCAGCAGCUGGGUGGCAUUACAGGGGGACCUCCGCGUGCGGCGCUGGUUUCCCCCGGCGGCGCUCCGCCCCACCCUGUGAACCAGGCAGCCUCGGUCUCGCAGCAGCAGGCCGUGCGUCUCUCCCAGCUCGAGGCUGAGAGGCAGCAGAAUCUAAUGAAGAUCCAGCAGCUGCAGCAGACCCUGGAGGCGGCCCAGGCCAAGGAGCUGCAGUACAAGGCGGCACAGGAGCAGCAGACGAUGCUCGAGCGUCAGCGGGUGGUCAACCACCAAGUGCAGCAGCUUCAACAGCAACAGCAGCAGCAGCAACGGUUUCAAGCUGGCCAGAAUUCUAACCUGAGGCACAUCUUGCAACAGCAAGUGCAGCAGAUGCGUCAGCAGCAGAUGCUGAUGCAGCAGCAGCAGCAGCAGAAUCAGCAGCAGCAGUCGACGAUCCGGGCGCAGCUGGCAGCCAGCGGUGGCAUGGUGACCGCCAUGGGCGGACCGCAGGGGGGACCGCCCGGAGGCGGUCCGCCCCAGGGACCGCCCCAGCAGCCCCAGGGAGGCGGCGCCCCCGGUUGGGACGACACCGCGCUGCUCGACCUCCUGGGCGGCGGUCCGCACAACGGCUGAAAUCCGUGUGGGCGGCUCGACGCAUCGCGGAGCACGAAGAGUAAAGGGACCUUUCGCGUCACCUCUCGACGACUGGCUCAGUGCUGGCGGUUCUCGCGAGGCAGUUGCACGGUUAAUCGAAACAUCGUCGACUUCUUCGAGUGGAGCCAAGUGGUGUCUUACGUUGUCUUGCCAUUUUACGACUGCAAUCGGUUCUGAUGCCAGCUUCGUUAAUGCGACAGCCGAGAUCCACGCAACGGCGGAUUGCACGGCACGUCGAGGAGCGACAAACAACCGAUCCAAGAAUCGUAGAGCUCACCAUAUGCAAAGGGACAACGAUGGAACUUUUCGUCCUGCCACGUGUGAUUGUAAACAACCGAUCCGAACAUCGCCAAGUUCAGUGUACGCAAAGAGACGACGACGGAAUUUCUCAUCCUGCUGCGUGUGAUUGCAAACAACCAGUCCAAAAAUCGCCGAGUUUGGUGUAUGCAAAUAGGCGGUGACAUAACUUUUCAUCCUGCUGUAUUUGAUUGCAAACAACCGAUCCAAAAAUUGCCGUGCUCAGUGUACAGAAAAAUACAAUGACGGAACUUUUCUUCCUGCCGCGUGUGAUCGCAGGCACUUCACUGCCGGUUGCUUUAAAAGGGUUUUUGUGAGAGUGUAAAGAAAUGGGAGUGAGGAAUUGAGGGACAGAAGCACAACUAUCGCUUCUCUUUUUCUUCCAUUUUGGGACAGGCACUGAAGUAGUAGUCACCCAAAGGUGCUGACAUUUCCGCCUCCUAACGCGUUCGGGUCAUGUGUGGUCCCUGCUUUGUUUGUUUCUCAAGCUCUCCUUCAAUUUUCCACGAAGAACUGUACAAAACUGAAUCACAUUCCGAUGUUUGAUGACUAAGCCGUCACGAUGAUCAGUUAUGCAAACCUUGGCCACGCCAUUAAGAUCACUGGCAUGAACAAGUAGAAAUUAAUGUAGGGGAUUGUCACCAGUCGACAUUGGUGUUCUGCUGUUGUUUCCCAGGUAUUACGUACAGAUAGAUGCGUUGCUAGCAUGAUCCAUGAACAGUCCACACCGCUUGGGGUGCCCCGGGGACAUUUGGUAGCAUUGGGCACACUUUCCAGCGAUUGCGCACUGAUUUUGCUGCGUGAUUCGGGGCUUGGGCCUCGCUCAUAACAACAAUGCAGUUUGACUUCCCGGUGGCAUUGUAUCGUAACGCAAGAGCGGAGACUUUCGUCUGUAUUUGUGCGUGUUGUUUGAAUCUUGUCACCCUACGUUUGUUUUUCUAUGGCAGUGGGUGCCAUGGGAUCAGUUUGCAGCAGGCAAAAAGAUGUAUGUCCUCUCUAUGGUCAUCGGUGAGCAAUGCUUGUAUUCUAUGAACAGUGUCAGCUAAGAGGCAUUCCUUGCAAACAUGUCUUAAUAUUGAUCCGAGGAAAAUAGAAUAAUAUAACAACAGGUGCAGCAGAACCCCGAGUGUUCCUCGCAUGGUUACUAUUCUAUUUCUGCUGUUUGGUUAUGCCAUGGCCAGCGUGGGUCUAACAAAUCUGUCGUAUCUAUUUCACAUUUGUUUCGAAAAGCACAAAUUUCUUUUUUGGCGGUUGUUGCUUGUUUUGUGGUUCAAGUCGUUAUCUGUUCCAGAUGGUGCUAAUGAUUCUAUACUUUUUGCUUGCACAAAAAUUUUUGUUCAGUUUUUUUAACGAAAUAUUAACUGUUCAAAAGGUGUUGUAGAUAUUAAAAGCUGGGCUGUAGCCUGGAACUACCGUGAAAUUUUUUGUCAGUUUGCGAGUCUUGCACAAUGCUUGCGUAGUAAAGCGGCGCAAUGAUGGAAAGGUUGUCACUAUAUUUUGGUGAUCUGUAAUGAUCUGAUCUUUGGCUCAUCCAUGUGUGUUGCAAUGUUCACUGUAAUAAAGUAUUUGUUUUUCUUCUUUUUCGUGAAA